AUGCUCUACUCCACCAUCAUGGUCGCGGCUUCGGCCUUUGUCGGCUUCGCCGCCGCCCAGAACAACAGCAACACGCCCAUUCCCUGCUGCUCCCUCCCUGCCACGCAGAUUCCCGAGGAGGAACGCGCGACCAUGUGCAACGCCAACGAGAACACCUGCGUCGAGCUCUGCGGCGGUCUGGGCAACAUCGCCAGCAAUGGCAACGAGUGCGACGAUGAUACGCUCGAGACCAGCUGCCGGUGUGCCAACGGCACGGAUAUCACGGCAAACCUCGCAGACUACCAGCAGUCUGUCGCCGGUCUCAUGUGCCAGAACUUCUGGUUCGAUGCCUGCAUCAGUGCCUCCGGAAGCGACGCUACCGCCCAGCGCAGCUGUGUGUCAACGCGCGAGGCCGAGUGCGGUAACCGGACAACCGAUGGCGCAAGCUCGGGUGGCAGCAACGGCGGCGGUUCUUCGUCAGCCUCUCCUUCGGCCACGCAAAGCUCGAAUGGCGGCGCCACUCCCUCGCCAAGCGGUAGUGGUGGUGCCGCGGCUACCACGACGGCUGCUGGUGGUGCUGCCAACCUCGCCGUGUACGGAACGCCUGCGCUUGCCGGUGGUCUGCUCGCCCUCUUCGGCUUCAUCUUGUAA